AUGGCUACAACCUCCUCCACGUCUACCAGCACUACUCCUGCUACUAUCUCCACCACGUCUACCAGCACUACCUCUGCUACAACCUUCGCCAUAUCUACCAACACUACAACUGCUACAACCUCCGCCACAUCUACCAGGACUACAACUGCUACAACCUCCGCCGCGUCUACCAGCACUACCACGGCUACAACCUCAACCACGUCUACCAGCACUACUCCUGCUAAAAUCUUCACCACGUCUACCAACACUACUACUGCUACAACCUCCGCCGCGUCUACCUGCACUACCACAGCUACAACCUCCUCCGCAACUACUACUGCUACAACCUGCGCCACAUCUACAAGCACUACCACUGCUACAACCUCCGCCAUAUCUACCAACACUACCACAGCUACAACCUCCACCACGUCUAUCAGCACUACCACAACUACAACCUCCACCACGUCUAUCAGCACUACCACAGCUACAACCUCCACCACGUCUAUCAGCACUACUCCUGCUACAAUCUCCACCACGUCCACCGGCACUACCACAGCUACAACCUCCACCAUGUCUAUCAGCACUACCACAACUACAACCUCCACCACAUACAACCUCCACCACGUCUAUCAGCACUACCACAACUACAACCUCCACCACGUCUAUCAGCACUACCACAGCUACAACCUCCACCACGUCCACCGGCACUACCACGGCUACAACCUCCACCACGUCUAUCAGCACUACCACAGCUACAACCUCCACCACGUCUAUCAGCACUACUCCUGCUACAAUCUCCACCACGUCCACCGGCACUACCACGGCUACAACCUCCGCCGCGUCUACCUGCACUACUACUGCUACAACCUGCGACACAUCUACAAGCACUACCACUGCUACAACCUCCGCCACAUCUUCCUGCACUACCACGGCUACAACCUCCACCACGUCUACCUGCACUACCACGGCUACAACCCCCACCACGUCUACCAGCACUACCUCUACCACAACCUCCACCACGUCUACCUGCACUACCACUGCUACAACCUUCGCCACGUCUGUCUGUAUUAA